UUGUGCUAGAAGGAUCUUUAAUUAUUAAUGGACUGGUAUUUUGUUUAUUAUAAAGUUUAAUGCAUAAUAGUUUAUGAACAAGGAUAUCGAAUACGUUUCUAUGAGACAAUCUGUAGUAUAGGUUAUGUAAACAUUAAGGACAAGAUAUGUAUAGUAUUGUGUGUGUGUGUCUAUAUUUUUACGACAGAUAAAAUAUUGUAGAUGAAAAAAAUGUGAAACACAAAAACCAACGCCUAUAACACAAAAGCAAAGAAUGUUCAUAUAAUAUUGUUGAUAGCUUAGCCAAAUAAGAGGAUUACUGGUGAAUCCUGAUUAAAGAAAUUCAAGAAUUACAAUAAUCUACAUUUAAGUAAAAUCUUAUAUGAUUACAAUAAUCAUAUUUCUUUGGAUUAUUUCUCCCCUGUGUAAUACUGCAGGGAAUAUUUUAGCGCAUGAGCAGCAUGGACCUGAUGUAGCUGUCUAGUUAUUGUGAAUUAUAUUUUCAACAUUAUGGCCUUUCUUGUUGAUUAAAUGUGAAAAAUACCAUAUAAAAAUAAAAUGGACACAUUUCUUUGAACAAAUUGGAUCAUUUUCUUUUAUACCAUUUUGCAUAGACAUUUAAAGGAAUGGGUACUGGGGCAUCAAAAGACGAAAAGACUCGCCCUUCAACUAUAAGUUUUCUAUCAACAUACCAAAUUAGUCCCCUUUAUACCCUUUCAACACCACAUUCUUUAUAUGCCGAUAAUCCUAAAAUCUUCGACUUGAUUCCUCCACCUAAACCACCGCCUUUCUCUAAGAAACAAAUAUGUGAAGUCGGUGAUUUCGGUGAAAUUGAUAAAAGAGCUGAACAGGCUCCAUCCAGACUUUUAAACAGACCGUAUGAUGAAGUGGUAGAUUAUUUAACAGAAGACUUGACCACAGAUCUGGAGAAAGUGAGAGUACUAUAUAGAUGGGUGACAGCACAGCCAGUAGAUCUGAUGUUAGCACCAAGAAAUAAACCCGAAGGCAAUAUACCCAUGUAUCAUAUAUGGAGAAUCAAACACAGGGAGGGAAAUUAUGCUCAAUGGUUUGCAAUAUUAUGCAGACUAAGCAACAUACCGUGUGCCAUAGUAAACGGGAGAUUGAAAGGAUCUACGUAUCAGGUUGGUGAGAAGAUUCUAGAAGAUGAACAUUAUGGAGAAUGGAAUGCAGUUUUAAUAGAUGGAUAUUGGCGAUUCGUGGAUGCUUAUUGGGGCUCAUGUGCUGCCAUAGAAGAUCACGCAGGUGAAUCAGAACCCCAGUCAAGGCAGUCGCUCAAAAAUUCCGAGAAAGAAGAGAACAGUCCCAUUUCACAUAAAUCAACAAAUGCCGAUGUCAUACUCAGUCCCAUAGACGAGGAGGACAGCAACAAAAUAGAAGAAUCCAAUUGCAUAAAGAAACAUGAUGAAGAAGACAAUGCAGAAAAGGCAGAUUCCCCCAAGGAAUCCCAAAACAAAUCAGAAAAUCAGAAAAAUCCCGCUACAGAAACAAAGAUAAAGUCAAAGGAAGAAGCUGCAGAGACGAUAUCCUACAACCGAGAAGAUAGUCUUGCUGCGCCAGGACUAACGCUGACCUAUGCCUGCGAUGAAAACUAUUUCCUUACCGACCCCGAACAACUUAUAUAUUCACACUUUCCUGAAGCUUCAGAUUGGCAGUUACUGAAAAAUCCAUGGACAGUGGAAAAAUUUGAGGCUAGAGCAAAUGUAAAAGAUCGAUUCUUUAGCUUCGGAAUGUGGUUAGAUUCUCAUAAAAACUGCUGCAUCACCUCCGAAACAGGAGAUUUAGAGAUAAGUCUUGGAAUCCCACCCGAGGACGCUUGUUAUUAUAAAUUUCAGUAUAUGUUAUACAAAUUGGACAGUUCAAACCGAGUAGCACCAAAAUACAAUCGCCAUGUAUUUAUGCAUCGGCCUAUUGAAAAGGCAUUAAGUUUGAAAUUCAGAUCUCAGAGUUCUGGCGUGUACCGUUUAGAAUUGGUAGGCCGCGAUGUUCGGAUUACUAAAUCCUCCUAUAAUUACGACUGGGUUGUUAUUUAUAAACUUCAAUUUGACAAACCCAGUGAAAAUACGCAGCUAUAUCCCGCUCAUCCUGAUAGUGGAUGGGGCCCCGCCUCCCAUACGCGUGCCGUUGGGUUAUCUGCCCUGAGCCAUAAAACAGGACAAGUUAGAGCCACAAUUUCAGGAGAUGUCCAGAUAUCUUUUACUGUGAAAGAUGCUGAUAAGAUAAAUAAACAACGCUUUAGUGGUAUGCUUAUUGACGCCAAAGAUACUGAACUGACAAAUAGACUCGUUUAUAGACUAGAAGACCAAAAACUAAUCUUUAAUUCUAAGAUACCUCGGAAGGGAGAAUACUCUGUGCGACUUUUUGUGGAUAAUGAAGACGGUGGCAAAGAAAAUUUUUGCAAUUAUUUUCUUAUCUCAGAACAGAAUCAGAGUAGUGAAUGUUAUCCAAAAGAAAUUAGUAAACGAAUUGGACGCAGAACUGCAUGUGGUCGGGUUAAUUUCAAGCCCAUCUCUAAUCCUUCGGCCGUGUUGGUUUCAGACUCAAAAGAGAUGGUGUUGACUUUUGAAUACGACUCUGAAGAACAAAUAUAUCAUAGUCUUGUUGCCAACGAGAAAAUUGACUCAACACAGUGUGUUUCCGUGACUAAAGAGGAUAAACUAUUGACGUAUCGGUUAAUAUUUCCUCACUCUGACGUGUAUGGAUUUAAAUUAGGUAUAAAAUCAAAAGACAAAGAGAAUAUGAUAGACCCGCUGUUUGAUUACGUCAUCACCUAUUCAUCUGGUGUGCCUUCUACUAAAUUACCUACACCACCACCAGAAGAAAGUGAAGAAGAUAAAUAUAGACGAGCUAUUAACACUGCUGUUGAAGCCCAUGAUGAAGAAGAACUGGGGAAUAUAGCCAAAAAGUUAAAAAAGAAGAAAAAUGAAAUUUGGUCAACAGCUUUAUUAAGUUUAACUAUUACAGAGAUGGACAUUCUGUACUCUACAAAUAGGUUAAUAGAAGCCUUGAAUUUUCGCCAUGUUGAAAGAAUAAAGGAUGCAUUAGAAUAUGUUUUAAAGAAGAAUUAUCAUGAUCGAAUGGCGGAAGAGAUACAACUGGCCAGAGAAUUUCUUGGAAGACAUGCGCACAUCAUUUCUCUAUUACACAAAGUGUUAGAUUUAGAUCAGCAUACUGUGUCUGAAAUCAGAGCUUACAGUAAUCCACCACAAUCCGUUCAUAAAGUCAUGAUGGCUACUUUACUGUUGAUCGGACAUUUUGAAGAUGAGACAAAGAAAUGGUCUAAGAUUCAAAUUCUGCUGGGGAAGACUGGAACAGAAUCGGUGAAGAGAAAGAUUCAAGCAUUUGACAUUAAUCUUCUACAACUAGACGUGGCUGUUGGGGCUAAGAAUAUUUUAGGGAGUAUGACACUAGAUGAAAUAAGGAUUACCAGUGCUGGAGCUGCUGCUUUUUUCAUAUGGAGUAAAGGAGUAAUAAAUGAAGUUGAAACAAGACACAGAGAAGAAAUGGAACAAACUUUACCAAGAACCAGAAAAAAGGUAAUCAAGAAAAAAGUUAAGAAGGAGGACAACACGUUUGAUAGAGCCCGUACUUUAUACGCAUGAUCGAGAGAUCUUCAAUAACAUUCUCGUCCAUUGAAACGCAUAAAUCGGACAACUCGGUUAGCCUAAUGUUUUUAAUGUUUUGUUUUUUGUUUUUUGUGUGCGUUUGUGAAAUAAGAUUAUUUGAAUGACCACGAUCUUACCAUAACAAACAUGCCACCUCCCCGCCUCCCAUGCCUUUAAAAGAACGAUUUGCUGUUAAAAUACGACAUCUUUGAACUAGUUAUGUAAAGGCAACGAAACAUCGCAUUUCUAAUAAAUUAUCAUCUGGAAACGAUGGGCUUAGAAUGACCUCCUGAGGACAACUAAACAUUCAUAAUGCUAUUCAGAGCAUCUGCUGCCUUUAUUUAUACUUUCAUCCACCCCUUGGUAGAUACUAUGCGAUAAACCGAUUGAAUGGCCAUGAUCCAAUAAAUAUGUAAAACAAAUGGCGCAUUUGUAUUUUAAUUAUUUUUUUUUAGCAAAAAUUAGUAACAUGUAUAUAUAUAUAUAUUUAUAUUUUAAGAUAUUCAGUGCGUGGAUAUGUUUUAUUACAUUAUUAAUAGAAUUCAAAGUAUAUAUAUUAUAUAUUAUUAGCUACUAAUUAUAAAUGGACGGUAACGUGAAAAUGGUUCAAUCAUUUAUAAUAUUAUUGUUUUAUUUACUUGUGUUUUUAUUAUACUGUUAAUCAUAAUAAACAUCAU